AUGGCUGCCACUUCAAAAGACCCCGCUCUUGAGAAAGAAAAGACCCCGCAGACCCUGGACACAACGGGUUCCAACCCUAGUGACACAAUAGACAGCCCUAAGGACCUCUCUAGCAAGAGCGCUAGCAAGAGCGCUAACAAGAGUGUAAACAACACUUUACCUUGGGAUACAAUUGAAUCUAUCGUUUCCCCCAUUUUACUCACGCUAUUAGCUUGUUCUGUUAGAAUGAAAGAUAUAAACAAGAAUAAAGUCUCUACAUGGGAUGAAGCUCAUUUCGGUAAAUUCGGUUCUUAUUAUCUAAGACAUGAAUUCUAUCAUGACGUUCAUCCACCUCUAGGUAAAAUGUUGGUGGGGCUCUCGGGUUAUAUCUGGGGAUAUAACGGUUCGUGGGAUUUCUUGGGUGCCCAACCUUUCCCUGAAAACGUUCCCUACGUGAAGAUGCGUCUUUUCCAAGCGCUUCUGAGUGCAUUAUGUGUACCAUUAAGUUAUUUCACUGCAAAGGGUUUAAAAUUUUCAUUACCAAGUGUUUGGUUAUUGAGUUUAACUGUAUUAUACGAAAAUUCUUACACAACUCUAGCUCAUUUCGUUCUACUAGAUUCUAUCCUUAUGUUUUUCACCACUUUAUCAUUCAUGUGUUUUGUUUAUUACUAUCAACAAGGAGCCCACCCUUUCUCUAAGGCUUGGUGGGGGUGGAUGGCUGCAACAGGUAUUUCUAUCGGUUGUACCAUCUCUGUUAAAAUGGUCGGUUUAUUUAUGGUUUCUGUAGUAGGGAUCCAUGCUGUCGUAGAUCUCUGGAACCUUUUGGGUAAUAAACGCGUCUCGCGUAUUCAAUGGUUUUACCAUUUAGGGGCCCGCAUUCUUUGCUUGAUUGUGCUCCCCUUUUCCGUAUUCGCGCUAUCUUUCAAGAUCCAUUUCGAUCUAUUAUACAAAUCAGGAACUGGUGAUAAAGUGAUGCCCUCCCUUUUCCAAGCCUCUUUAGAAAACACUACUGUGGGCCAAGGUCCAAGAGACAUUUAUAAGGAAAGUUCUAUCAUCACUUUAAGAAAUAUGGGUAUUACAACUCAAAGCGUCUUUUUACAUUCACACCCACAAAGGUUGCCAGUCGGAUCUAAACAACAACAAGUCACUGGUUAUACUUUUGCUGAUGAUAAUAAUAAAUGGUAUUUCCAAAACCCUAUCAUGGAUGAUGACGCUUAUUUGAAUUAUAAUAUUAAUUUCCCUCCUCAAGAUACAGAUUUCAUUCUGAAUAAUAUGACUUAUUCUUUGGCCCAUUUAAACACAGGUGCCACAUUACACUCGCAUAAUUUGGAAUCGCCUGUUGAUAGGUUGGCUUAUGAGGUAACUGGUUAUAUAGGUGAUAGAAAUGAUAAUUGGCAAGUAGAAAUUUUGAAACAAGAAUCUGCUGAGGAAGAUACUUCCGUAGUACACACAAUGACCACUAUUUUCAGAUUAAAGCAUUCCAUCAAUGGUUGUUAUCUUGCCUUUACGGGUAAUAAUUUACCUGAAUGGGGGUUCAAACAACAAGAAAUCGCUUGUAUCAAGGAUUCGAGCAAGAAUAAUAAAUAUACUUGGUGGAUGAUUGAAGAUCAUGAGAAUCCAGAUGCUCCACCAAAACCUAAAGAUUUCAAAUACCCAAAACCAGGAUUCUGGUCCAUGUUUUUCUAUUUAAAUAGAGCCAUGAUGGCCACGAACAAUGCUUUGAAACCAGAAACUGAUAAAUUAGAUCCUUUAUCUUCAAGAGCUUGGCAAUGGCCAACUUUAAACAAAGGUUUAAGAUUGAACGGUUGGGAUGAAAAUGGUAACCGUUAUUAUUUAAUGGGUACACCUUUAACCACCUGGUCUUCUUCACUCUCCAUCAUUGGAUUUUCUAUUUUCAUCUUAUUCAGAUUCAUUAGAUGGCAAAGACAAUGCGAUUCCAAACUUUUGUUCCCUCAUGAUAUGCAUCAAGUCAUCAUUGCAGGUGUAUAUCCUUUAAUUGGUUGGGCAUUACACUUCUUCCCCUUCGCUUGUAUGGGUAGAGUCACUUAUGUUCAUCAUUAUUUACCAGCAUUAUAUUUCGCCUUAAUCCUAUUGUCCUUUAUUUUCGAAUUUUCUCUCAAAGGAUUAGGAGCAAAUAAAUCCACUAAUUUGAUUAGACUAGUCAUUUAUUCAACUUUCGCUUUAUUAACUUUACUAUGUUUUUCAUUCUUUUCUCAAAUGUCAUAUGGGAUGACAGGCCCACUCGAAAAUUAUAAUAGUAUGAAUUGGUUAAAGGAUUGGAAAAUAGGUCAAGACAAUUAUACAAUCUUUUAA